CUGCUGCUGCCUUUUCCCCUUUUUUUUCUUCAUCUCUGUGGCUUCCAAUUUUGAUGAGAUAUGGGACAAGUACAGAGCCAACCAGUAGGUCCAGUGGAUGAAAAGAACCCUUCUUCAGCUCAUCCUGCCGGCGCCGCCACCAAUGAUCAGAAUUCAUCUGUUGAUUCUUUAAUUGCUGAAGCUGCAGCAUUUGGCGAUGAAGAUGAGAAUUUGUCAGUGGAGGAAAAAGCUCAGAGAGCACUGGAAUGCCCUUGCAUUGCUCAUUUGAGGACAGGUCCUUGUGGCUUCCAGUUCUCUAAUGCCUUCCUCUGUUUCCUCAAGAGCACUGCUCCAGAGAAGGGCUCAGACUGUGUUCAUCCAUUUGUGGCUCUGCAGAAUUGUAUCAAAGCAAAUCCUGAUGCAUUUUCUAAGGACAUUUUAGAAGACGAUGAGAUCAAGAAAAAGGAUGGCGAAAUCAAGAAAGAGGAAAAGCCAUCCAAGGAAUACAAAAUUCACCCUCCUCUCUGGUCUGUAGAAUCCAAAAAAUCCAAACAUAUGUCUUAAGACAGAAUGUACUUAUUCGAUUCCAUGGAACCUCAUAUAUUGAAUUAUUAACUUCGAUGGGGUAUUUUUCCAGUCUAUUAUUACCAAGAGAUUCCUUAGACACCACAAGGAAGUUUUCUUUCACUAGAAUGACUAGAGGCAUUUUGUAAACGUUAAUAACAAUCUGUAGAUUGAUCCCGUUAUUAGUUUUAACUGAGCAAGAAGGCCCUCGAAUGCUUUUUAUUCU